GGACGAGGAGGGCAGCCCUGUGGCAGAUCCGAGCGCGGGAGGAGUGGAUCUGGGCGCGGAAAGUGCAGAUCUGGUCGCGAGGUAUGCAGAUCUGGGCGCGCAGAGUGCAGAUUUGGAUGCGCGGAAUGCAGAUCUGGUCGCGCUGAGUGCAGAUCUGGUCGCGUGGAAUGCAGAUCUGGUCGCGCGGAGUGCAGAUCUGGAUGCGCGGAAUGCGGAUCUGGACGCGCAGAAUGCAGAUCUGGUAACGAAAUGUGCAGAUCUGGGUGCAAGAGGAGUAGAUCUGGGCGAGGGAGGAGUAGAUCUGGGCGCGGGAGGAGUAGAUCUGGGCGCUGGAGUUGCAGAUCUGAGCGCGAGGAGAGCGGAUAUGGGCGCUGGGAGGGCAGAUCUGGGCGCUGGGAGGGCAGAUCUGGGCGCUGGGAGGUCAGAUCUGGGCGCUGGGAGGGCAGAUCUGAGCGCUGGGAGGUCAGAUUUGGGCGCUGGGAGGGCAGAUCUGGGCGCUGGGAGGUCAGAUCUGGGCACUGGAGUUGCAGAUCUGGACCUGCUGGAUGUGAGUCUGGCGUCCCCACUGCUCCCGGCAUACAUGGCAGCGGCGUUCACGAAGCAGCUCUUCCGCGUGUCGCUCUGCGCCCCCCCCUCGGGCGCCAUAGUGGUGGUGGCGCUCGCCCACAACCUGCUGCGCCGCCACCCUGCCAUCGCCCCCCUCGUGCACCGCGCCGCCCUGCCUGACACUUUCCAGGACAGCAGCAGUGACGAGGAGGAUGAAGGGGAACAGAAGCAAAGCACGCAGCGAGGGCAGGACGGGCAGGCCCAGCAGGAAGGGGAUAAGAAGGAAGGGAAGGAGGCGGGGAAUGGCAAGGGCGAGGAGAGCAAUGCUGAUGGAGAGGAAGGUUCAGCUGGAGAGGAGGGAAGGGGGAGAAAAGACGGGGAAGGGAAAGGAGGAGGGAGUGGAGAGAGAACGGCAGGAGCAGGGGAGGAGGGAGGCAGAGGGGGGAGGCCAACAGGGAGGGAUCCGUUUGACGAGGAUGCCACCGACCUCAUGGCUGCUCGUGCCCUUGACAGCAGCCUGUGGGAGGUGGAGGCACUGCAGCGCCACUACUGCCCCGCUGUCUCACGGUUCGUGGCGUCACUGGAGAAGGACCUAUCGGAGCGCAGCAGCACGGUGGAGCUCAACGUGGCUGACUUCUCCGCCACCUCCUACGGCACCAUCAUGGCCGAUGAGUUGGGGCGACGAGUGAAGACGGUGCCACUGGCCUUCUUUGAGCGCACACCGACCACCCUCUUCCCCACCUCCUCAUCCUCCCCUUCUGCAUCUGCCAUUCCACAAUUUGCCAAACUUCGCGACGCGAUGGCCCAGUCGUUAGUCCUGCGGCACGCCAUCUCAGCCGUCCUCGCGUCCUCGCCCUCCACCACGCAAAGACAACGCCCCGCCGCUAACCGUGCUCGUACGGGUCUGAGCGCGUCGAUCGGCGACUUCAGCGCGGCGCCCAUCCCCGAGUCGCAGGUGGUGCCACGGCUGUGCCACCUGGAGGACUUUCACGAGUCGUCGACGGGCGAGGCGGCCGUGCGGCCCGUGGCGCUGGCGGUGCGCGUGGUGGAGGACGGGCACGGCAAGCAGCUGGCGGACCUGCUCAUGGCCACCGUCGAGGCCUCCGCGCAGGUCGAGGAUCUCGAGACCGUCGCCGGCCGGGCCGCCAUGGUGGCGCUGGCGCUGGCGCUGGCGCUGCUGGUGGAGUUCGCGACGGGCAACGGUAUCUUCAGCGCCGUCGACCGCAGCGCGCUGCUCCCCGCGCUCUCGCUGGGCGUGGGCGCAGCCGCGGUGUCGGCGGGGUACGCCGUGGCGUGGCGGUCGAAGCGACACGUGUCGGACAUCCUGGCGCGCGGGUGCUUGCACUGGCUGGACGCCGCCGUCGACCACCUCAUCGACGGCGUCUUCGACGCGCGCCCCACCGCGCACCAAGCGCCGCCGCGACGGGACUAG